AUGGCACAAUCAGCCCCCACUCAGCCGUCAGGUUCCCGCUACUGCAUCAUAGCUUUCCUGAACAAAGUUCCUUCUCUCACUCUCGACGAGUUCCGCGAUUACUACGAAAACAAGCAUAUUCCGCUCGUGCGACAACAUCUCAAGGCUGCGGGUGCGCCUCUGCCUCUCGUGUAUGUCCGCCGAUACCUCGAUCCGAAAAACCCGGUUGUCCCUAGCGGUCAGGGUGUUGGGUUCGACUGCGUGACCGAGCUGCAGUUCGCUAGCAAAGAAGAUUUCGAAAAGUACUGGGUGGCUCCGUUGAUGGUAGGAGAAGGUGGGAAAAUAAUGGGAGAGGAUGAGGCGAGAUUUAUGGUCCGAGAAAAGACGCUUGCGUACGUGUUUGAAAUGCAACAGACUCAGGCUGAAGGUCAAUACCAUUGGGUAUCUGAAUUCGCCCCACCCAGCUUUCAGAAAGGCCUCAGCUACUGUGUCGGCUGGCUGACCGCAAUCGCAUGGCAAGUGUACCUGGCAGGUGCCUGCUUCAUUGUUGGUUCACUCGUACAAGGGCUCAUUGCGCUAAAUAAUCCGAACUAUGUCUAUCAUCGAUGGCACGGGACGCUGUUGACUGUCGCUGUUGUCGCACUAUCAGCAGUUUACAAUGUAGUCCUCGCUAAACGACUGCCUAUUCUCGGUCAACUGCUCCUCGUCUGUCAAGUCGUUGGCUUGUUCGCUACUGUCAUCCCUCUCUGGGUGAAGGGGCCGAAAGGCCAAGCAUCUCAAGUACUUUUUCAAGUGGAAGACAAUGGCGGAUGGGGCAACAAGGGAUUGUCGGCAAUGAUUGGACUUGCACCCAUCGUUGGUGUGCUCAAUGGAUAUGAUUGCAUUGCACAUAUGUCCGAAGAGAUCAACGACGCAUCAAGAGUGUUACCAAUAGCCAUGAUUUUUAGUGUGUCGCUCAACAUAGUCCUGUUCCUGAUAAUGGGCAUCACAUUGAUCUUUUGCCUGGGAGACCUCGACAGCGUUAUCAACACGAACACUGGCCAGCCCUUCAUCCAGAUUUACUAUAAUGCAACGCAAAGUCAUAGCGGAACAAGUGUCAUGGUAGGAGUUUCAGUAAUACUUAUCGUUUUCUGUGGCGUCAACGAAGUGGCUACCUCUUCUCGCCAAAUUUGGUAG